AAAUUAGAAAGGGAAAGGUAUACGCACAGAGGGAAUGAGAGAGAGAAAGAUGAUGUGGGGGAGGGAAGAAAUUUGAAGAAACAGCAAAGAAAGUUUCCAAUUUGAUGCUUAUUUUUUACCAUAUGGCAAUGUGAGUCCAUGUCACUUGCCUAUCACCUACCACUGAUAAUUCCAUGCCUUGUUAUUAACCCAACCACACCAUUUCCCUCUUCUCACCAAUUCAUGUGCCUCUUGUGUUCUUCAAUUCCCUCCGCAACUGCACAACACAGAAGGGUCGGUGCCUUGUCUUUACCUUCUCCUUUCUGUUUGUGUGAGGAGGGGGGAAUGCUGCUGCUCUGACAAGGUCCACUUUUGAGAUUGGAAACACAGACCCAUUGGCACAGUUGAGGAAUCCCACAAACCAAAAUCAUAUUUUUGACAAUGGGGUUUGACUGGCCAUGUGCCACCGUGUUCACAUCCAAGAGCAGAUUUUGACUGCAUAAGAGAUCUAGUCUUUAGGUGGAUUCGGGGUCAGAAAAGAGGCUCCAGAAAAAUCUCUGAAGGAUUUUGGUUGUGAACAGUGUCUUCUCUUUAAAUCUCUGCCAAGUUGCUGGAAGAUAUAUAUUGGCAGCUGCGAAUGGCAUCUGAUCUAAGUUCGGGGCUGUCCAAGGAAACGUCUGUAUUUGGGUUAAAAGCAUGGGAACUAAUGGGGAUACUGGUUGGGUUGUUCAUUGUAAUCAUUCUUGUGGUGGUAUCGAUAUGUCUUACUUCACGAAAGAAAUCCAGAAGAGUCAAUGGCAUGCUUCCCCUUAGCCAUAUGCUAUCUGUUUCCGAUGAAAUCAAGGAAAUUAGAGUUGAUCAAGUUUCAUCCAAUAAUCAUCCUCAGAAUGGAGCUUUUAUGAGUCUGUAUGACAGGUUUAGUGACAGAGACUCUGAAAAGGUUUUGAUCCAACCAAAGAAUGGGGAAAAUAGCAGUCAAUCGGGCUCAUUCGUUCAUCUUAAGAAAGAUGAUGGUGGCUCUCAAUCAGGUGAAGAAAGUGGUGCCAAAUCUGUUUCUACCUACAGGUCUUCUUCACAUCCUAUAACUGCACCAUCUCCCUUGUCUGGUCUGCCUGAAUUCUCUCACCUUGGAUGGGGCCACUGGUUCACAUUAAGGGACCUAGAACUUGCAACAAACAGGUUUUCCAAAGACAAUGUUAUUGGUGAAGGUGGAUAUGGAGUUGUUUAUCAAGGCCAGUUAAUUAAUGGGAGCCCUGUGGCUGUUAAGAAGCUACUCAAUAAUCUAGGACAAGCUGAAAAGGAAUUUAGAGUGGAAGUUGAGGCUAUUGGCCAUGUGCGACACAAGAAUUUGGUUAGACUUUUGGGGUAUUGCAUUGAAGGGACUCACAGGUUGUUGGUUUAUGAGUAUGUUAACAAUGGCAAUUUAGAGCAAUGGCUUCAUGGAGCCAUGAGGCAGUAUGGUUUUCUUACUUGGGAUGCUCGAAUUAAAAUUCUUCUUGGAACAGCUAAAGCGCUAUCUUACUUGCACGAGGCAAUUGAGCCAAAAGUUGUACAUCGAGAUAUUAAAUCAAGCAAUAUUCUAAUUGAUGAUGAUUUCAAUGCAAAAAUAUCUGACUUUGGGCUGGCAAAGUUACUUGGUGCUGGAAAAAGUCAUAUCACAACUCGAGUAAUGGGUACUUUUGGAUAUGUGGCUCCGGAAUAUGCCAAUUCUGGCUUACUAAAUGAGAAGAGUGAUGUUUAUAGCUUUGGGGUGUUGCUCCUCGAAGCAAUCACAGGAAGGGACCCAGUGGAUUAUAGCCGACCAGCAGCUGAGGUAAAUUUGGUUGACUGGCUCAAGAUGAUGGUUGGCAAUAGGCGUGCAGAAGAGGUGGUAGACCCUAACAUUGAGACCAGGCCUUCAACAAGUGCCCUUAAACGUGCCCUUUUGACUGCUUUGAGGUGUGUUGAUCCAGAUUCUGAGAAAAGACCAAAGAUGAGUCAAGUUGUCCGCAUGCUUGAAUCAGAGGAAUAUCCCAUACCCAGAGAGGAUCGAAGACGCAGGAAGAGUCAAACGGGAAAUAUGGAGGUGGAGGCUCAGAAGGAGAUUUCUGAUACAGAGAAGAGUGACACUCCAGAUUCGAAGUCCAAUGGCAGAAGGAACCAAAAGAAGUAGAGCCAUGAAUCUUAAAGCUAAGGUACAGUGUUGAAGGGCAAUUUUUUGCAUUCUUUUGAGCUUUUGAGUUUGGAUAACUGCCAGGUUUCACAGCAGAGACAUGGCAAAGGAAUGAGUUACUUUGGGAUGGAUUUUAUACCUAUUGUUGUUAUAGCAUAGAUGUAGAUGUUAGAAUGUAGAUUAUUGUGUAUUAGUAUGGGAUUAAAAAGACCCCUUAUACAUUACACUAGUGUGUACAGCUCAUUGCUAUUCAUACAUUUCCCUUUGUCUUUCUAUUUGUUUCACCUCUCAUUAGGAUCAUAAGGAAUUCAUGUUUCCUUGUGUACAAGAUUAUCAGAAAAUUUUACCAAAGCGUGAAAGACAAAAGAUGUGGUUAUUGUCUAUAAUUACAGUGAGGAAGUUUCUUCAUUAUUAUGGUAGCAUGGUUAUGGUUGGUAGCCUCUCUCCA